AAAUAAACAAUAAUUGGCACGUUUUACGGUGGAUCUGUCUCAUCCUGUGCGCCAGCCAUUUUAGCAUAUCAUAUUCUGUAAACCGAAGCUAAUGCUAAACCUUUGUUAGCUAGUGCUGAUCUGAAUUUACCUUUUUGGCUUUUGAAAUGAUAUUGCUAAACCGGUUAUUAGCUUCGCUGGCCACCGUAGUUCAUUCACCUUUUGAGAAACUCUGCGGGGCAUUGUUAUGACAAUGUCCCCACUGUGAUGUCACAAGUUGUAGGGGACGGACAUUUCGGUCAGAAUACAAAUCGUAGAGGUGAUUCAAAAAGAGGCCAAUAAUGUGACGACGGUGGCGGUCUAUCUUCAUUUGCGAUCAGUUUAGCUUAGCAUAGUUUGAGCUAAUCGAACAUUUAACGUCGGUAUAGCACCGUUCCUUGCAUUAGAAAACAAUUAAAGGGAGGGCCCCCAAUAUGUCCCACUGGAUCUGCUGCAACGCCUGCUUUCUUCCGCCCUCGUCCGAGCGCCGAAUGGCCCUCACGUCCUGCGGCCAUGUCGUGUGCAGCGUUUGCUACCACAAAGGUCAACAAAACAAAUGUUUGAUCUGCAACAAUAAAUGUCAAGUAUCGCCUCUUACUGACCAAAGCCGCCCGGACGUGAAGGCCCUGUUCGCCAACAUCAACAGUGUGGCAAACAAACAUUUGUCAGAGAUCAGAAAUGUUGUAAUGUUCCAGGCCAAGCACGGUCGAAAACUGCUAGCACACUACGAGAAAAGGAGUGAAAAACUGGAGGAGGGCUGGCUGAAGAUGAAACAGGAAAUGGAGCACAUGGCCAAGAAGCUGAAUGAACAGAGUGCCUACAUUGCUAAACUUGAAUAUACACUUCAAAGUUUAAGGUCAUCAUCGAUGUCCCAAAUGAGCCACGGCUCCCAAAGCGCACAUGGACGACAAGUCCUGCAGAUCCCGUUCAGCCCUCCCGUGUCACUCUCCAGACAUUCCUCAUCCAGCAACAUCGCUGACAACAUGGAGGCGGAUGAACGACUGAGCUUUUUCAAAAAACCUGCCGCCGGCCCCAGAUUGUCGCUGAUCAGUCCUCCGCACAACGGCCGCAUGGGCACAAUUACUCACAGGAUGUCCAGCCAAAUGGGAAACCACUCCACACACUCGGCCACAGUCAGCCGCUAUCCGAUAACGCCGACGACGACGCCCAGCUUGCCAUUCGAAGACACGGCCGCUUGGAACACGCCCAUCUUCCAGCCCUCCCGCUCUUUCCGGGCGCACCCUCCUCCCUAAAAAAAAAAAAACAAAAAAAAACAGGUGCCCGCGCAUCCAGCUGCAUGCACACGGUUGCUUUUUCCACCUUCUCAGGGAAAAGGGAGCGUUCCUGCACCUGUUCUAUUCACGCACAUAAACUGGGAUUACAUGAACAAUAAAUGCAGUUUGUUGGCUCCAAUACAUCAAAGGAGGCC